AAAUGAUACAUUAUCCAAGCGUCGGGUCCAACUGAUUAUUAUUCUGGGCACUUCUCGCAGCGUACGGAGUAUACGCUGUAGAACUGGGACAGGCAAACAUCGCCAACGGACAGCAGCUUUAGCGCAGAGUAUGGAGAAGAAGCAGAAAGCGAAAAGGUUGGCCCGUAAUGUUGGGCCUUGAGCCUCGAACACGGACCAGAUUAGGCCCGGCCUCAUUGGUGUGAAGCCGCUCCACGCUACCCGGAGCCUGGAAACGCCCCGAACGGAUGCCAUGGGGACGGUUCUCUUGCAGAACAAGAAUAUGGCAAUUCACGGUACUGGAUUUUAGGUCUUCUGCUUCUUCUUCUUGUGGUUGCUCCCGUCCCCUCUUCCCCCUUCCUCCGUGCCAAUCUCGGAUGAUCCGUCAUGGACUCCUAGUUUGUGUGGAACAACUCUGUCUCCCUGGGGCCUGCAAAUACUUGUACUGGAAUUAUUUGAGAAAUAACGUUUACCCUUGUAUGUCCGCCGCAGUCCGCGCCCCAAGUGGAUCCUCAAUGCUCUCUCCACUGGCAACCAUGACAUCCUCGGCUACAAACAGGACCCUCUCAAAAGUCACGGACACACACACACACACGCCCCCCGUGCGCACUCUAACGAGACAUUCUAGGAAGGUCGUUCAGCUAUCAAAGGUCAGUCUGUUGGCCUAACAAUGCACGUUGACCACUCCCAUAAAGCCGCCCUCGCCGGUACAUACUAGGACUACCUAAUAAUCUAUAGUUCUACGUUAGAUCCAGAGUUUAUGCGAAGACCAAUGACCGUUAUAAGGAUGGCGGGAACGAAUCUGGUGUUCUUAUUAUUAUUCUUCGAAUUUCGAAUAAUACAAUUCACCUGGGAGAAUAAUGCGAGACAGAACCUGAGAGAUCCAUUUACCCGUUUCAUAAAUGAUUAAUAGUUAAUUGGUAAAGCCCGAAGCCGACGUCGUCUCGCAAGAAAAUCCAACCGGAAGCAUUCCAGACCAAAGGUUGGGUUGGAUGGAUUAUUGGAACCAAAGAACCCAUGUUCAAUCAAACAAAACUACGCUGAAAGGUUAAUCC